UCUCCCACAUCGCUUAUCAAAGCAGAGAAACUCGUGUUCAUAGAGCGAUGGAGUCACGAAGUUGAUUGUCCCUUCGGGGACAUCCGAUAAAAUUGGAACGAUACAGAGAAGAUUAGCAUGGCCCCUGCGCAAGGAUGACACGCACAAAUCGAGAAAUGGUCCAAAUUUUUCUUCUUCAUCUGUUCUUCAAGGUUUUCGUUUUAUCCAGUCUCAGUUCAAUUCUUAGAUGAAUAUCCGUGUGAAAUAUCCCCUCAGUUCGAAUUUGAAAUGACUCAGUUCUAAAAAAUUAUAAACCCUAAUUUUAGUGGAUGUUAAUCGAAUGUUGAGCUCGGUGCUGUAUUUGAAAAUUUAAAAGCUCUAAUUUCUGCAGUUUGUUUUAAUUUUUACGGCGUUUAUCGUUGCAACUCCGGUGAUCGGAAACCUAAUUCCCAAUUCUCGGUUCGACUCACCAAUUAAAUUGAAUUUUAAUCAAUCAGUUUUCCGGUUCAAAUCUAACUAAACCGGAAUACUCUCCCAGUUUGGUUAUUCUGGUUUAGCAAAACCGGUUCCUCUCUUCUGUCUCAGACCCUCUCUAAACCCUUUGGCGUCUCCAUCUAAGAUUAGAGAAAGUCCGACAGGUGCUUCAAUGGCUUUCUUUCUUACUGAUCAGAUCUCACAAUUCUAAUCAGUGAAUCCGCCAAAUUUCCAUCUCUCUUUUUGAUUGCCAUGGCGAUUCUGCUCAAAUCAUUUCUCCAAAAUCAAACCUUUUUCAAGACCUCGACCAUUUGCAGAACCCUAGCUUCUUCAUCGCAACCUUACAAGAAGCCACUCUCUGUUUUGUUCGAAGAGGCCGUGGGAUUGAGACCCAAACCCGAAACGAACGAAACCCAAGAAGAAGAAGAGGGCAACGAGCUGAAGAGAAAGCUUUUCGAAUUAGAGAAGAAACUCAUAGAACUGAAGAGCUCAGAACCAGUGAGAAAGAAGAAUCAGAAGAAGGUUGUUGAGACAGUACCAGAGCUGCAAACGGAUAAAAGUCGUAAGCUUUACACCUUGUUCAAAGUCAACGAAGAGGAGGAGGAUGUAGUGGUUAGGGUUUACAAGGAGCUUCCUUUGGAGAUGGUUUCGUUUGUGAAGCUUCUGCACAAACAAGGGUAUCUGAACAAGGCUAAUUUCAUCAGUGGAGAGAAGCUGGAGUUGGGGAGUCUUGAUGAAGAGUAUGCUAGGACUUUUGUUAAGUUUGCAUCUGAAAGAUUUGGAAAGGAUUACCAAGAGAUAGCAAAGUGGUUAUCAGGCAGUGACCUGAAGAACAUUGUGUUAUUUGGCUGCCCAAGCUUGGAAAAAAGAGCCAUAUUCGCUGCUAAAACAUUGCGCAAGUUUUUCGACAUCCAUGAGAACAAUGUGUGUGAGAAAUGCGUGUUAAAAGACAAGUGCAAGUUUCCAAACCAGAGUGUAUGGGAUGGCAAGUCACAGAACUUACAUUUGUCUGUUGUGAUGAAAGUCAUCACACUGUAUCCAUUGGACUUGACUCAUCCAAAGCUCCAAGUUCCUCAAGAGGUACAAGACUCAGUCUCAAGGUUGCUGACCGAGAUUCAAAACCUAAGCCGAACUAUCUGUACCCCUCUUGCGUGAGUUAAACCUUAUAUGGAAGAUUGUUUCUAGUAGAGCGUUCUUGCCAACUUCUAAUGUUAGUUGCAACAACCUGCAACUCUUAUGUUACUGAUCGGAAUGCUUAGUUUUAAUCUUUACCUGCGAUGUUGUUACGUAUUAGAUCUGUUUCAGACUAUCUUUGUUGUUUGAGAACACAAAAAAAUCAUAACAGAAACAUCUCAUUACAUACU